UCUCUGUCAUUCCCAGAGGAGCCCCAGGAAAGGCAGAAGAAGCCCAACAUGAGUGCUUUAGAGGUCCAAAACAUCAACUGGCAGAUGCCUGCUAAUCGAAGGGCACAUCACACAGACAAGUUCUCCAGCAAGGAACUGAUCGUGCGGAGAGGACAGCCCUGGGAGAUGAUACUAGUCGGCAACCGGAGUCUCGCGUCUGGAGAGGAUCUGAAUUUCAUCGUUUCCACGGGUCCCCAACCCUCUGAGUCAGCCAGGACCAAGGCUGUAUUUUCUAUCUCCGAGAGAAACACAGGUGGCUGGAGCGCAGCACUCAAAGCCAACAAUGGCAAUAAUCUGGUCAUUGCUAUUUCCAGUCCUGCCAGUGCUCCCAUCGGAUUGUACACACUGAGUCUUGAGAUCUCCUCCAGAGGCAGGGUCUCCUCUCUGAGACUCGGCACAUUCAUAAUGCUCUUCAACCCAUGGCUUCAAGCGGAUGAUGUCUUUAUGAGUAACCAUGCUGAAAGAUACGAGUAUGUUGAGGAAGAUGCUGGCAUCAUCUACGUGGGCAGCGCAGAUCGAAUUGGCAUGUUUGGCUGGAACUUUGGACAGUUUGAAGAAGACAUUCUGAGCAUCUGUCUCGCCAUUUUGGAUAGGAGUCUGAAUUUCCGUCGUGACCCUGUGACUGAUGUGGCCCGCAGAAAUGACCCCAAAUAUGUUUGCCGGGUGCUAAGUGCCAUGAUUAAUGGCAAUGACGACAACGGUGUUAUUUCCGGGAACUGGAGCGGUAAUUACUCCGGUGGCGUGGACCCAAGGACCUGGAAUGGUAGUGUGGAGAUCCUCAAGAAUUGGAAAAAAUCUGGCUUCAGGCCUGUCCAAUUUGGCCAGUGCUGGGUCUUUGCUGGGACCCUCAACACAGUGCUGCGGUGCUUUGGGAUUCCCUCUCGGGUGAUCACCAACUUCAACUCAGCUCACGACACAGAUAGCAACCUCAGUGUGGAUGUGUACUACGACACCAUGGGAAAUCCCCUGGAGAAGGGCAGUGAUAGCGUGUGGAAUUUUCAUGUCUGGAAUGAAGGCUGGUUUGUGAGGAAUGACCUAGGACCUGCAUACAAUGGAUGGCAGGUGCUGGAUGCCACCCCCCAGGAGAGAAGCCAAGGUGUGUUCCAGUGUGGCCCAGCUUCCGUCAACGCAAUCCGAGAAGGUGAGGUGAAUCUGAAUUAUGACAUGGUCUUCAUCUUCGCGGAGGUUAGCGCUGACCGCAUCACUUGGAUCUAUAAUAAGAAAGAUGGCAGCCAGAAGCAGAAUUCUGUGGACACUCACUCCAUUGGCAAAUACAUCAGCACCAAGGCAGUGGGCAGCAACUCUCGCAUGGAUGUCACAGUCAAGUACAAGAAUCCAGAAGGUUCCAAGGAGGAAAGACAAGUACAGGAAAAGGCUUUGAGCAAACUCAAACCUAAUGCAACUUUCGGUCCAACGUCUUCAAGGAAUUCGGAAGGGGAAGAAAAGGAGCCCAGCAUUUCUGGGAAGUUCAAGGUCACUGGGGCACUGGCAGUAGGCAAAGAAGUCAGUCUGUCUCUGACGCUCAAAAACAUGACUAGUGAUAGGAAGACAGUGACAAUGAACAUGACAGCUUGGACCAUCGUCUACAACGGUACCCUUGUUCACGAAGUAUGGAAGGACUCUGCCACAAUAUCCUUGGAGGCUGAAGAAGAAAUACAGUAUCCUGUGAAGAUCGCAUACUCUCAGUAUAGUAGAUACCUGAAGGCAGACAACAUGAUCCGGGUCACAGCCGUAUGCAAGGUGCCUGAUGAGGCCGAGGUGGUGGUGGAGCGGGAUGUCAUCCUGGACAACCCUGCUUUGACCCUGGAGGUGCUGGACCAGGCUCAGGUGCAGAAGCCUGUGAUCGUGCGGAUGCUUUUCUCCAACCCCCUGGAUGAACCAGUAAAGAACUGUGUGCUGAUGGUGGAGGGCAGCGGCCUGCUUCGUGGCAGCCUCAGAAUUGAUGUCCCAGCCCUGCGCCCCAAGGAGAAGUCCCGGGUCCGAUUUGAGAUUUUUCCCACUCGGAGUGGCACCAAGCAACUGCUUGCCGACUUUUCCUGCGAUAGAUUCCCUGCAAUCAAGGCCAUGCUGCCCAUUGAUGUGUCCGAGUGACCUACCCAUCGGCACUCCCACAGACCUGGGUAACGCAGACCAGACAGCGCUCUCCUGUGGAGUGAAACUGUUGUCUAUGCUGUCCAGCCUGAGAAGCCCUCCGUGUCUCCAUGGCUGCCAGAUAUGGACUUCUAGCAAGCCUCCCCCAAACUCAACCCCCUUCACUUCAAGCUAGGCCAGGUCCCCCCUGGUCUGGGACUUGAUCAGUUUUGCACAUUUCCUGAUUGCUUCCCUUGGAGAUGGCCUGUUCUGUGAACCCUUGACCCCGCUGAUUCCUUAUACCCGGCAAUGCUGUACACAGAGCAGCACCGGAGCUCAACACAUAUUGGGAAGAAGCCAGCCUGGACUGCUUGCUGAUCCUAGUCUGCAAUUUGGAUACCCUGUUCCUCCCUCAGCCUCCAUGGAAGGCAGGGAGUAGUCACAUACCACACCACUCACAUCCUUACAGUCAAAAUAAAUGCCAAACAAGUGCAAU